UUGCCGAGCACCUACAGAGAGAGAGAUCAGUGUAUCUGUGUUAGACCAGGUUCCCAGAACAGACACUCGGCGGCUCGUCUGCUCUGCUUUCGAAGAUGGAGGAAGUAUCGGGGGAUUAACUGUUGUUGCCUGCGGAACUACUGUAUUACAUUACAUUGUAUUCCAAGCAAGACAUUCCAAUGGGUGAACAUGUGUAGUUCUUACCUCACAGCAUAGGUGAUGGGAUUAUUUAAUCUCCUGCGAUUAUAAGAACGAGGUGCGACUUCCACCGACGAAGAUCACUGACUUGCACAGGGGAGACACCGAAAGCUCUCCCCCAACUAUGGAAACAGAGGCAACUGAUGUAUACUCUGCAAGUAACGGAGACUGCUCUCCCAGGAAGACAGAGAACUCUAGAAUGUUGGUGGACCUGUCGGCAAACACACCCAAUGGACAGCAGCUCCAGCAUCCUAAUUCACCCACUGAAAACACAAUCAAACAGGAAGAUGAGACAGAAGAUGAAGGGGACAGGAGGACCACAGCAGAGGACAUGGGCCAAAGCGGGGAAGAGGGAUCGGGUUUGGAGGAGCCCAUGAUUGACAGCCCAAACAACCUACAGGAUGGGGUCCCCGGGUCAGAAGGGUCAUGUGACCCAGGAACUCGGCUGCCCAAUGGUGAUAGGCCGUUCCAGUGUAACCAGUGUGGUGUGUCAUUCACUCAGAAGGGCAAUCUGUUGAGACACAUUAAGCUGCACACGGGGGAGAAGCCCUUCAAAUGCCCCUUCUGCAGCUACGCCUGCCGCCGUCGUGACGCACUCACAGGCCACCUACGCACACACUCAGUGGGAAAACCACACAAGUGCAACUACUGUGGGCGGAGCUACAAACAGAGGAUUUCAUUGGAGGAGCAUAAAGAGCGUUGCCAUAACUACCUCCAGAGUGUUGCCAUGGAUCCCACCUCCAUCACCGGGCAUUAUCCAGGUGAGGUCCCUAAAGAGCAGAGGCCCCUGGCCGAGCCUGUUGCCAAGGCAACCUUCGACCGCCCACCAGUCAUCGAGAGACUGCAGAGUAACAUGGGGAAGAGGAAGAGCACCACCCCACAAAAGUUUGUGGGUGAGAAGAUGAUGCGUUACAGUUUCCCAGAGCUGAGCUAUGACAUGAGUCUGAAGUAUGAGAAGGAGGCGGAGCUGAUGCAGGCUCACAUGAUGGACCAGGCUAUCAACAACGCCAUCUCUUACCUGGGCUCUGAUUCCCUGAGACCCCUGGUCCACCACCCCCAUCCGCACGGUCCACACGGUCCACACCCAUCCCUCUCAAUGGCUGAGGUGGUAAACAUGGGCAACCCCCUCUACCACCACGUCUACCCCCUGGAACCAGGGCCAGGGCACCGUAUGGACCGACCAAGCAGCCGGGACGCCCCACCUCAUUCUUCACCUCUGCACCCUCCUCUUCCUGACUUUACUCCCUCCUCCAACGGGCCCAUCGCCCUCACCAGACCCAAGCAGCACCAGCUCCAGGGUACCAGGGAGGAGAGAGAGUAUCCUAGCAACAGUGGGCUGGACUCGGCCGAAUCUGCCCGGAGCAGCCCUCAGGAGAGGCUAGGUUACCACAGGAACCACAGAAACAACCCCCACCCCCACCCCCGACCCAGGUCCAGCCCCAGCCCAGCCAAUGGCGGGAGAGAGGAGGGGCGAGGUGGGGCUGAGGUGGGUGGGGUGGGGUUUACAGCGGAGGUGGCCCGGGGACAGGCGGCAGAGACGAGUCGGGACGGGGUGCGUGUGUUUGGGCGAGAGGGCCGGGAGGUGAGGGUGUUCCAGUGUGAGCACUGCUGUGUUCUCUUCCUGGACCACGUUAUGUACACCAUCCACAUGGGCUGUCAUGGUUACAGGGACCCGCUGGAGUGCAACAUCUGUGGCCACCGCAGUAAGGACUGCUACGAGUUCUCAUCUCACAUCGUCCGCGGGGAACACACCUUCCAGUAGAGGGCUGGACAAGACAGGAGACGUCCCUCCCCAUCCUCACCCCAGGACUGUGAUGUUGAACUAACUGUGUUUGGUCAAUGCAACCAACCAAGGCAGAGAAAACUAACUAACAUUUGCUGCAGCAUAAUGAAACUGACUUUAUAAUUCCAAACAAAUAUAUGAAGGUCUGGGCCAAAUACACAUUUUCAUUUUUUAAGGUGUUUUGAAGAUUUUAAAGUUGAGAUAUGGAUCUGAAAUGAGGGAUUUCUUCGUGUGGGAAAAAGAGGACAAGGAAUAAGUACACCUAUUCAGUUUUGUUGUGGUCUGUCUCUGAGAUUGUCAAAGAGCAACUAAUACUGUGAGUAGUUAUGUUAUAGUUUAAAAGUCGUUUCACUGUCCUUGUCUUGCAUACUGUAUUGUUGCACUUGUUUGCUGCAACACAGACUGCCAUGUAAGAGCUCAACUUAUCAAGGGGGCUUUCCCUGACUCCACCACCCAAACCAUUUCAUGCAACAUACAUCUUCUCUGUCUUAUGUCAAAAGCCUUGCUAACUGCAAAGUACUCAGACGUGUUGUCACACCAGCCACAUUAGAGAGACAGAGAGAGAAGAGCGAGUGAGAGAGAGAGAGACAGAGAGAGAGAGAGAAGAGCGAGUGAGAGAGAGAGAGACAGAGAGAGAGAGAACAAGAAAGAGAAAGAAAGAAAAUAAAAGAGAAAGAGAGAGAGACUUACUCAGACAAUGAUUUACUUUUUCAGACAUUGUAUACAGAUUUGUUAUUAAAGUUUUGUUCAUUACACUAGCUAACUAUCUGCUUUCCUUAGAACAGUUCCUUUAACCUUAUCAGUUCCACAACACUUCACAGACGAAAGGAAAAGCACUGCACUGCAACCUGCCUCCCUAAACCUGUUCUUGCACUAGCAGCCUGAUGCCUUGAGGGAUGGGGAGGCCGGGAAUGGAUGAGGCACUCCCUGGUUCAAUAGCAACUUCACAUAUCUUUCUCGCAGCUUGCCUUUACCCCACUCAUGUGGCUUUAGUGAACAGGCAGCUUUCUGCAGAUUACAUGUCAGUGCAUGUACUCCACUGUACUCCAGGUUUGGGAUCAAUGCCAUUUCAAUUCAGUCAAUGAAAAAAAGCAAUGAGGAAAAUUGGCAUUGGAAUUUGGAAUUGCAAUUUACUUUUUUUGUUGAUAGAAUUUAAAUUGAAUUGAUCCGAACCCUGCUGUACAGUGGAUAUGAAUGAUGUGGAAAGGAUUUAGCCAAGUACAAAUGGCAAUGCACUUUAAACUGAUACACUGGUACUGUCAAGUAGACAGAAAGCAGUGUGGUUUAGAGUUUACUAAGAGCCUUUUUAGAAGGAUACUGCCAAUGAAGAAAGAUGGCACCGAUUUGGAUCAAAUAUGAUAAUCUAGGUGCACUUGGACAAAUGCCUAAGACAAUGUACAUACUGCUCUUUAGAUAACUGAUAUUGCCGCUGUUGUUCUGUUCAUUUUGCAGCGUAUACCAUAUUUUGAAUUGACACUGUCUUUUGUCUUGAUAGUCUUUGGCCAUUGGAAUGGCCCUAUGUAUAUGGCCAGGAACAGUUCACUGUUCAAUUCAAACUUCUUCUCUCCUGUCUGGUCUAUGUAACCUUCCUGGUCAAAGUAGCAGCUUAUUUCUGUUUACAUGACAGCGACGUGGACAAAUUAUAUAUCUACUCAUAGUGCAACAGACAUACGGUACUUCUAUUACAACAGCUUAUUGUUACUGUAAAGUAUUGGCAAUAGUAUCUGUUUCCACUUUUUAGUUGUUGUAGUAUCUCACAUACUAUUGUACAUUCCCACACUGCAUUAUUGUUAUUAAAUGAGCGCCCCUAUUUUUGUAUUUAAUCACACCUUUAUCUUUGAUAACAAAUAUUUCUAUAGGUGUUCUAAUGCAACGGUAUAGGCCUAUUCUAUGUUAUAAUUGUCUUAAAUCUAUUGUAUGUCUGCCUAUUUUCUUAGUCUAAACAAAUCCACAAACAUAACAACUCGCUAUGAAGCAAGCAUGAUGCAAAGAAAUUGUUUUUAGAGAUGUUUUUUAGAAUAUACAGUACCAGUCAAAAGUUGACACCUACUCAAUCAAGUUUAUUUUAUUUUAUUUGUUCUAUUUUCUACAUAAUAGAAUAAUAGUGAAGACAUCAAAACUAUGAAAUAACACAUGGAAUCAUGUAGUAAACAAAAAAGUGUUAAACCAAUCAAAAUAUAUUUUAUAUUUGUGAUUCUUCAAAGUAGCCACCCUUUGCCUUGAUGACAGCUUUGCAGACUCUUGACAUUAUCUCAACCAGCUUCAACCGGAAUGCUUUUCCAACAGUUUUGAAGGAGUUCCCACAUAUGCUGAGCACUUGGCUACUUUUCCUUCACUGCGGUCCAAUUCAUCCCAAACCAUCUCAAUUGGGUUGAGGUCGGGUGAUUGUGGAGGCGGGGUCAUCUGAUGCAGCACUCCAAUACUAUCCUUCUUGGUCAAAUAGCCCUUAAACAGCGUGAAGGUGUGUUGGGUCCAAAACAAAUUAUAGUCCCACUAGGCGCAAACCAGUUGGGAUGGCAUAUUGCUGCAGAAUGCUGUGGUAGCCAUGCUGGUUAAGAGUGCCUUGAAUUCUAAAUAAAUCACCAACAGUGUCACCAGCAAAGCACCCACACACCAUCACACCUCUUCUUCCAUGAUUCACGGUGGGAACCACACAUGUGGAGAUCCUCUGUUCAGAUACUCUGCGUCUCACACGGCGGUUGGAACCAAAAAUCUCAAAUUAGGACUCAUCAGACCAAAGGACAGAUUUUCACCGGUCUAAUGUCCAUUGCUUGUGUUUCAUGCUGGUUAAGUGUGCCUUAAGUGUGCCUUCCCACACCUCCUCCUCCAUGCGUCACGGUGGGAACCACAAAUGCGGAUAUAAUCCGUUCACCUACUCUCACAAAGACAGGGUGGUUGAAAGAAAGGACAGAUUUCCACCGGUCUAAUGUCCAUUGCUCGUGUUUCCUGGCCCAAGCAAGUAUCUUCUUAUUAUUGGUGUCCUUCACUAGUGGUUUCUUUGGAGCAAUUCGACCAUGACAGCCUGAUUCACGCAGUCUACUCUGAACAGUUGAUGUUGAGAUGUGUCUGUUACUUGAACUCUGUGAAGUAUUUAUUUGAGCUGCAAUUUCGGAGGCUGGUAACUCUGCUGCAGAGGAUAAAUUCAUUAAAGGUAACUCUGGGUCUUCUUUUCCUGUAGCGGUCCUCAUGAGAACCAGUUUCAUCAUAGCGCUUGAUGGUUUUUGCGACUGCACUUGAAGAAACUUUCAAAGUUCUUGACAUUUUCUGGAUUGACUGACCUUCAUGUCCUAAAGUAAUGAUGUACUGUUGUUUUUCUUUGCUUAUUUGAGCCAUUUUUGCCAUAAUAUGGACUUGGUCUUUUACCAAAUAGGGCAAUCUUCUGUAUACCACCCUUACCUUGUCACAACACAACUGAUUGGCUCAAACACAUUAGAAGGAAAGACAUUUAAAAAUAUAUAUGUUUAACAAGGCACACCUCUUAUCCUCAUGAAGCUGGCUGAGAGAAUGCCAAGAGUGUGCAAAGCUGUCAUCGAUGCAAAAGGUGGCUACUUUGAAGAAUCUCAAAUCUCAAAUAUAUGUAGAUUUCUUUAACACUUCCUUGGUUACUACAUGAUUCCAUAAGUGUUAUUUCAUAGUUUUGAUGUCUUUACAAUUAUUCUACAAUGUAGAAAAUAGUAAAAACAUAAAGAAAAUCCUUCAAUGAGUAGGAGUGUCCAAACUUUUGACUGGUACUGUAUGAAAAACAUAUGUCACACCACCUGUAGUAAAGAGCACACAAUUGCUUUACUAUCUGUUACAAAACAUUUAUGCAGAGGCAUUAAAUGUUAUAUUUGUCACUGUAGAUAAUCUGUUUGUAUUCUGUUUUAGUCUCUCCUUCCAAAAGCAUCGAUGUGUGCAUGAAUUGCUUUGGCAACUCCCCCAUUGAGGAAGACAGUGUCAGCACCAAGAUUAGACUUUUGAAGAAUGAUCUACUUAACAAAACGUCACUGGGAAGAAAAAAAUACAGAUUAUUGUUUUUGAAUGUGAACUCGAUAGUGUAUAGUUAAAAGUAUUUUUUAGAUUUUUCACCGGCAGCUUUUACUGUGUGUAUAUGUAGAGGCCUUAGCUCAAAGUGCUUGUUGUUGGACCUACCGCUGUUGUACGAGGCGUCUUACCUCUGUUAGUUCAACCUUGUUAAAGAGUGAUACAUAUAAAGUUGAAGCAUCAUGUGUAAAUAUAUCUGUAGGCUAUAGCCUAUAUAUGAACUUAUAUGAGCCUAUAUGAACACAAAGAAGAAGUGAUAUUAUUGACAGACUCCACACUCCUAGAUGAAGAGCAUACUUGAAGUGGAAAUAGUGACGCUCCUGAUUGUGCUGCAUUUUUAUACUUACUAAAAACGGCGCUAGAUUUAUAUUUUUCUUGGUAAAUGUAAAAUAUGAAUAGUUUUGUGAAAAUGACAUGCUUUUUUAUUAUUCUUAAGCGCUAACCAACAAAACUGGUAAAAGAGAGGGUUACUGUGUAUUGUUGUAUACAUAUUGUAUAUGGUGUUUAUUUUGGCACUAUGAAAAUGGGUUAGGAAUGUGCACCUAUAUAUUUGUUGUAAUGAUUAUCAUGUGGGGGACUCAGGUAUUUGUCUUCUAUGUACUUCUACUUUUGUAUUUCUUAAAAUACAUAUUGAAAUACAUAUUUUUUUUAUAAACUAAAUAAAUAAAUAAUUCAUUUGG